UCUCUCUUUCUGCGGAGAAGCCGCGCAAAGGGCCGGAAGCGGAAGUAGCGGGUCGGAAGCUCAGCCGGAUUAGCAGAGAUUGCAGAAUGGCUUCCGCCACAGAGACUCCUCAAAAUACUUCGGAAGAUGAGGAAACCCCGAAAGAUGUCCAGCCACCUCAAGAUCCACCUCCUGCAGUCGAGGAUAGCCUGAGUAGAGAACCUAGCGUAUCUGAGAUCCUGCAGAAGUAUGAAAAGAUGUUUGCACAUCGAUUUACAGCAGAGGAUGAAGAAUAUCAGAAAUAUGUCCAGCGUCCCACAGCCAAACCUCCUUUAAUACAAGACUGGAGAAGCAGAUCGGGUGGAAACCAGCGAUACAGAGAUCGAUUCAGAGACAACCGACAAUAUAAAGGCAGAGGAGACCGAUACGACCGGCAAGGGGGCUACAGGUCCAACCAGUGGCAAGACAGAGGCUGGGGGAACAGCUAUUCCCAGCGCCGUCAAGGACAAAUGUCCUUCUCCCAACAUGGACGGCAGUCCCACUAUGGCUAUGGUUCAUACUCGCAGGGCUAUUACUAGUAUGGCGUUGAGCAUUGAUUGUCCAGCAUAACAAGUAGUUUUCUUGAUUCCAUCAGUUUUAUCCUAGUUUCAUUUUUAAUUAAGUUUUCUUUUUUAAAAAAUUUGAAAUAUUCUGCAGUCUUACUUCAAGAAAGGAGACAAAGAAUGAGAAACCGAAAUUUAAAAAACAAACUGUGAACUUGUGGCUUUGCCUUCCUUGUCGCUCUGUCAUAAAUAUUUGAUGUUUGGAGGGGAUUUGCUUUGCUUCAGAAGCAUCUGAAUGUCUGACAUACAUAUUUUGUGGGAAGGAUUAUGAAAAUCAGUAAUACAUCAGGAUAGAGAAGUGUUAUGUUCUUGUUGCCUUUUUUCUAUUGCUGAUAAAUAAGCUUUUAGAGUUUUUUCCCCCCAAUGGACUCUUCUGAAGUGCUGUUAAUCCCUGUGGCACAUUUGGUUUAAGUUGAAUUUGCAAACAGCCAAUGAGCUGAAGUGUCAAACUGAGGUAAAAACCUUUGUGAGAGAUGAAGUAUUUCAUUUUGUUUUUAUAUCCAUUGUCAUGACUCAGCACCAUUUUAAAUUUGUUAAUUCUGCUCUCUUGUUUCUCAGAGAGCUUCCUGUUUGGACUGUUGUACAGGGUGGAAUAAAACUAGAUAUUGAUUGAAA